AUGAACAGCGCGUUCAGCGAGGACAUACUCGCUGACAAGCUCGCCAAGCUCAACAACACGCAGCAAUGCAUCGAAACGCUGUCACAUUGGUGCAUUUACCAUAGAAAGAAUGCAGAGCAAAUUGUUCAGACUUGGGACAAGCAGUUCCACAGCUCUAGCAAGGAGCAGAAGGUCCCUUUCCUUCAUCUUGCUAAUGACAUCUUACAGAACAGCAAGCGCAAUGGGACAGAGUUUGUAGAAGAAUUUUGGAAGGUUCUCCCUGGGGCGCUUAAAAAUGUAAGUGAGAAUGGUGAUGACCGUGGGAAGAAGGUGGCAUCUAGGCUGAGACUAGGCAUCGGAGGCACUGCAGAGAGGAUUGUAUCUGCAUUGCAUACUGUUCUCAGUGAACAAGCAGAUGAGGAUGCUGACCUCGAAAAAUGCAAGACUUCUAUGCGUCAUGUUGGAAAGAUGGAGAAGGACGUCGACAGCGCCUGUAGCAAAGCCGAAGAUCCUCGUCGUGAGGUUCUUUGCACAGAACUAAAGGAUGAGGAGGCUAACAUGAAAAAAUGCAUCGAAAAGCUAAAAGUUGUUGAGACAAAUAGAGCAGCUGUUGUGUCUGAAUUGAAGGAGGCAUUGCAGGAACAGGAAUCUGAACUGGAGAAAGUCCGCACUCAGUUACAGCUAGCUGAAGCAAUGGUACAUGAAGCCUCCAACAUGCAGCGGAGACUCAAGAAUGAGCCAACCAUUCCGCUGCCCAAAUCAGCAUCUUCAGUAGAGCCAAGAAAGGUGCUUUCCAAUGGGCAAGUAAAGGAGCAGCAGAAGACAGCUGCUGCUAUCCUUAUGGACAAGAUUGCAGCAUCAUCAAACUCUCAGCAGAUUCUGCAGUCUGCACUUUCCAAGUUUGCUGCUGAAGAAGCGAAGAAUUCAUCUGAAACACGCUCAGAUAAGAGGCAGAAAACUGACCAACUUUCGCAGGUACCAAGCGUCAUAAAUGCUGCUGCUUUCGUUCCAAUGCCACAAGUGGUUGCCACAACAGCUCAGCAGCAGCCCCAGGCAAUCUUAGUGCAACAAGCACCUAUGCAGAGCCAAGCCCCUGCAUCUCAGCCACAGUACAAUAUCUACCAGGCCUCUCCCAGCAGUUUGUCCCUCAGCCUGGAGGUGUAA